GACCUCUCGUUUAAGAUUGUUGUCAUUUGUCAAAGCUCUUCCUACUCUUUGCUUUGGAAACAGACUCUCUAUGGAAUCGUAAGCAAUAUACUUGAAGAACACAGAAGAAAAAUAUAUCUGAUGGGUUUCAUCGCUCUGCAAGUUUGGAGCAGAAGAGCUUCAACUUCUGUUCACCUUCUUCGUGCAGUUGGUUCUUACCCUAAGCUAUAUGAUGCUGGAACAUUAAAAGCAGUCAAGUUUGAGACUGGUUUUAAGUUUAAUGUAAGAGCCUCUUCUAGUCGUAAAUCGGUUAAGAAACUCAGAAGAGAGUCUAAACAAGGUAAAGACAUAACCAGAAGAAGUGUUACAGAAGCUGAAGAAGAAGAUGUAAUUGCUCAAGUUGAUGAUAACACUUCAACUUCAAAGGACUCCAGUGAUGUUGUUGUUGCUGCUCCUCGAGACAAAGUGCUUCAAGCCUGCACUGUAACAUCCGGUUUAAUGGCUGCAUUAGGCCUUGUCAUGAGAACGGCUUCUCAUGUUGCGUCCACUGAAGGGUUACCAAUCCCAGACUGCUCUACAGAUAUACCAUUUGGUUUUGAAACUUGGCAUCUCGGGUUAAUUGCUGGGACCGUUGUGUUGAUAUCAUCAAGCAGGUUCUUGCUACUAAAGUCUUGGUCAGACUUUGCUGAUUCAAGUGAAGCAGCAAACCAACAGAUCCUUACUUCGCUGGAACCUCUAGAUUACCUUGUGGUUGCUACUUUACCUGGUAUUAGUGAGGAGAUGCUGUUUAGAGGUGCGUUGUUGCCUUUGUUUGGAACUAGUUGGGGCAGUAUUGUUGGCGUUGGACUCAUCUUCGGUUUACUGCAUCUUGGAAGCGGAAGAAAGUACUCCUUCGCGGUUUGGGCGUCGGUUGUGGGUAUAGUGUAUGGUUAUGCAGCGGUUUUUUCAUCGAGUCUUCUUGUUCCAAUGGCUUCUCAUGCGCUUAACAAUUUGGUGGGAGGUUUGCUGUGGCGAUAUAGUAGUAGUAGUAGUUCCAAACUCAAAUCAUUGGAGUGAAAGUUACAUUAGAUUUAUUAAGGGGCGUAAAGAAAAAGCUUUGACUAUUAAGGGUUGUUUUUGUGAAAUACUUAAUACUUAUAGUGGUUACUGCAAUUUUAUUACACCAAUGCGUCGUGUCACAUCAAAAGAAGACAAAAUGAGAAAAAUAUUUAUGAGUUAAUGACGUGUAAAGGAGAAAACC